GUACCGCGGGCAACGUGAGCACUGCGGGCACUACCGGUGGCGACGAGCCCUCGGUUCUCGCAGCUGCCACGUGCCGCUGGCAGCGAUGAAUUUGUUCCCCCUCCUCGUCCUGCUGGCCGCGUGCUGGCCUGUGCACGGCACGUGGGACAACUGUGGCGGGACCUGCGGGCUCCGGCCCAUGGCUUCUCACUACGGCAUGUCGCGCGUCGUGGGUGGCACAGAUGCCCAGCCGGGGGCCUGGCCCUGGAUCGUCAGCAUCCAGGAUCCCUGGAAAAUAGGCACGGGGCAUAUAUGCGGAGGGUCCCUCAUCAGCCCGCAGUGGGUCCUCACAGCAGCCCACUGCUUCGUUGAGGCCAGGCACGUCACGAUGUGGCGCGUGGUGAUAGGAGCCACCCAGCUGACUCAGCUGGGCCCCGAGGCCCAAGUGCGCAAUAUUAAGCGGCUGCUGGUUCACGAACGCUAUAGUAACGUCUCGGAGAGGAACGACAUUGCGUUGCUGGAAUUGGACCAGCCUGUCCAGUGCAGCUACUACAUACAGCUUGCCUGUGUGCCCGACGCCUCGCUGAGAGUGUCACAGCUGACCACCUGCUACAUCAGUGGCUGGGGUUCCACGACCGCCAGAUCUGGAAGAUCAGCUGAUGUCCUGCAGGAGGCCAAGGUCCACCUCAUUGACGUCAACCUCUGUAACAGCACCCGGUGGUAUAGAGGGGCCAUCCACACCCACAACUUGUGCGCUGGCUAUCCGCAGGGUGGCAUCGACACCUGCCAGGGUGACAGCGGGGGCCCUCUCGUGUGCAAAGAUAACACCUAUGACUACUUCUGGCUUGUUGGAGUGACCAGCUGGGGGAAAGGCUGUGCGAGAGCAAAACGGCCCGGAGUCUACACCUCCACUCAGCACUUUUACGACUGGAUCCUGGUACAGAUGGGACUGCGCCCAGCAGUAACAUCUACUCCAACACCACGGCCAGUGUUCACCUCAACCCCCUUUCAGAGGCCAAAGCCAAUACCAACGCAAUCGGGCAGGUUUACACCCUGCCCAUUUCCACGCCAGAAGCUGGUGGAAUUCUUUAACCUGCUGCAGGAGCUCCUGCAGGUCCUAAGGGGAAAAAAGGCUUGAGCAGCAGGAUGAAGAGGAUCCAGCGCAGGCUGCAGCGUACCACGACCUUUUCCUUGUGGAGUAAUGCCUGCUGAUCCGAAGGCAGCCGCAGUGUCAAAGGCCUGCUCUGUGCUGCCCACGCUCCUCUGAGUGCACACAAAUGCUGAAGUUGACUUAGUUCUUGAAAUAAAGUUGCCAAUUUUCACAGCUAACCAUGUUUCAGUCCAAUUCGUCUCCUGUGCAAGGCAAGGCCGUCCAUGCCCAGCACUUGCAAAACAAGGCUGCAGGCAGACAAGUAGGGCACAAAGGGGAAGCGUCACUCAAAAGGGCUGAAACCGUGCCUGGUCAGAGGAGGGUGAGGGUGCAGUGGACGAAGGGAACACACAGUUUCUAGGGGGCUAGAGGUCCUGGGGACAGCAGUUAGAAACACAAAGUGUCUUAGGGAGGCUACUGGUGGGAUUCCUGUGUGUGUGUACAAUGCACCAGUGAACUUGAAACUGGACUCUCUCAUGACCCAGGAGAGACGGAUCUAGAAAGACCCAAGGUUUGCACCAAUGACUAGGUAAGGAGCUUGACAUCCAGCCACAUAUAUUACAUGGACUUAAUUUCUAUGCUGUUAUUUGAGGAAUCUAUGAAUGUGCUGUGCUUAUGAAUCUAGGGAGUGAAGGUGUGUUUAUGUUUCACUGGUAAACAGCUAAUCCUGAUCAUCUGGAAAGGCAGAAAAGGACUGGACUGUGUUCAUAUUUAUGUAAGUGGUGGUUACAUAUGCACGGGUGUUGGUAAAAGCAUUGCUCUAUGUCA